CAACCUUCGACACGAGUUCCCUCACCCCUAUCGAUGUCCUUGAUUGUGGAUAUGGCCAUUGACAUUGCACGUCCAGUGGCAAGCCCAUUCCCGACGACUACUGCGGAGCCUACUGAGCGAUGUUCAUCGCAGAGCCUGGAGGUUUUUACACGCCUAAUGCUGUAAAACGCGUUACAAAGAGAUUUUGGCCCGUGAUCCGUCCAAGUUUGCUCAAAGACGCGCCUUAGGGACGAGGCUGCCUAGAAACAUACAACACACCCAGUCCAGCUGAACCAUUUGAUUGGAAAAUGCCAGUGAUGAUGCAUCCCGCUACGCGGGCCAAGCAGGCAGACAGCGCUUAUUAGGGCGUAGCAAGACUUGCCUCGAAGGUAUAAGAAGGCUCACCUUAACCAUUCUCGAACUCGUAUCUCAUCUCCUUCCAACCUGAAAAUCUCCAAUCAUCUAUUCCUCGCGGAAAAUGUUCUCCUCAGCUCAUCUGAUCUAUUCAUCAUAACAUGUCGACCGUCAUUGCAGAACUGGAGAACUACUCCAUCUAUAUUAUACUCAGCCUUCGAGGCGCAGAGCAUGGUUUCCAUUGGGGCAUCUUCGUACCCACGGAGAAACCUGCGGGCGAAGUAUGGCACGCCGUUAAUAGAAGCGGCGGAUGGAGUUUGGAGCAGAAGACUACGACAGGUGUUCCGUAUUCGCAGAGUCUUUGCCUUGUAUUCAAGGUUGGAGUUGUGAGCAGCCAGACGUGGACAACGCUUCGUACGACUUUAGGAAACGUCCCGAGUGUCGGACAGCCAUCACGCAAUACAGGAGAGGCGUUCACGUGCAGAGUCUGGGUCAAGGAUGCGUUACUGGCGCUCCACAACGCAAACGUCAUCCAACUGGUCCAGGCUAUCGCUACUAUAGAAUCUAAUGCAAUUCGAGAGGCUGAAGGGCGUCGGAGUGAUAUUGAACACGGUACUAAGAAAGCAUUAAUAAAGAAUCGAUCAGGGGCUUCGACCAUGUCAUGAGAUACCACCUAGCAGGGUAAAGCAAGAGACACUAGGUCAGACUUUCUGCUGGUACCACGAGAGAUGGAGAAUGGAUGUUAGUGUGUUUGAACGGGGAGACAAGCCUUAAAUGAAGUUGAACGUAUCAAUUGACUAGUCCCAAAGCACACUUAGAAUUAUGACGUUUCAUCCAUCACGAAGUCAGUCUGUCUCUCAC